AUGGGGGACACAGCGCCCCCGCAGGCCCCCGCGGGAGGCUUGGGGGGAGGCCCUGGGGCGGGGCUCCUCGGAGGGGGCUCAGCCACCCCUAGAGUGCACAGUGCCAUUGUGGAACGCCUGCGGGCUCGCAUCGCUGUCUGCAGGCAGCAUCACCUGAACUGCGAAGGACGCUAUGAACGCGGUAGGGCCGAGAGCUCAGACCGAGAAAGGGAAAGCACCAUGCAGCUUCUCAGCCUGGUCCAGCACGGCCAGGGGGCAAGGAAGGCGAGCAAGCAUGCUAAGGCUGCAGCCACGACGGCCGCCGCCGCCGCCGUCCCUCCACCGCCCCCUGCUGCUCCUCCCGCGGCCUCCCAGGCAGCAGCCACAGCCCCUCCGCCUCCACCAGACUACCACCAUCACCAUCAGCAACACCGACUGACCAGUAACGAUAGCGGAGGGGUAAACCGAGAGCAGCAGCCACCAGCUGCGACCCCUGGGGACCAGCGGAACUCUGCCCUGCUUGCGCUCCAGGGAUCCUUGAAAAGAAAACAAAUAAUCAACCUGCCUCCUGCCAACAGCAAGAGACCCAAUGGCUUUGUUGACAGCUCAUUCCUUGACAUCAAAAGGAUCAGGGUUGGGGAGAACCUUUCUACAGGGCAGGGGGCCCUCCCAGUAAAUAAUGGACAAAGUCAUAUGAUGCCGGGGGCCUUGACCAUGAGCCAAGCACCCCUGAGGAAGGCUAAUGCUCUGCCGCCUCCUGCACAUUCUCCCGGCAACACUAUGUUUAACAUGGGCUUAAAGGAGGUGAAGAAAGAGCCUGGGGAGACCCUCUCUUGCAGUAAGCACAUGGAUGACCAAAUGACGCAGGAAAGUGCUUUUACUAAUAGGUUUGGGGAAGACGCUGGCGAGCAGCUGAUGGACCCUGAGCUGCAGGAACUAUUCAAUGAGCUGACCAACAUAUCAGUGCCUCCCAUGAGUGACCUAGAGCUGGAGAACAUGAUCAAUGCCACCAUUAAGCAGGAUGACCCAUUCAGCAUUGACUUGGGGCAGCAGAGCCAGCAGACUACACCUAGACCGUCCCUGGCCAUGGAGAAGAUCAUUAUCAAAAGUGAAUAUUCACCUGGUUUGCCACAGGCCACUUCAGGCUCUCCACAACUGAGACCCCCAUCAGCAGGCCCUGCAUUCUCCUUGGCCAACUCUGCCCUCUCCACUUCAUCCCCAAUUCCCACAGUCCCUCAGAGCCAGCCUCAGACAGCGUCCGGAGCAAACAGGGCUCUGCCAAGCUGGCAGGAAGUAUCUCAUGCUCAACAGCUCAAGCAGAUAGCUGCAAACCGCCAGCAGCAUGCACGGAUGCAGCAGCAGCAGCAGCAGCAGACUCCUCCCAGCUGGCCAGCCUUACCAUCCUCUGCUGGCCCAUCCCCAGGGGCAUUUGUGCAGGAGAAAAUCCCCAGCCCUUCCUUUGGGCAGCAGCCAUUCAGCCCCCAGGGGUCACCCAUGACUGCAGUAGCUGGCAGUAGCAACCAGUCCAAAGCAGUGGGCAACUAUGCAUACAAGGCUAGCCCCUCAGCCCAGGCUGGACACCUGGAUGUUCUUCUGCAGCAAAAGCCUCAGGAUCUCAGUCGAAGUUUCAUUAACAACCCACACCCAAGCUUGGAGCCCCGACAUGGCAACACCAAGCCUUUGUUCCAUUUUAACUCAGACCAAGCAAACCAGCAGAUGCCUUCUCUUUUGCCUUCCCAGAGCAAGCCUUCUCUCCUGCACUACACCCAACAGCAGCAGCAGCAGCAAGGCUCAUUGGUAGCUCAGCAGCAGCAGCAACAGCAACAGCAGCAGCAGCAGCAGCAGCAGCAGCCACAGAGCUCAUUGGUAGCUCAGCAACAGCAGCAACACCAACAGCAAGGCUCAAUGGCAGCUCAGCCACCACCACCGCCAUCCCAAACCCAACCUUUAUCAAGCCAGCCUUUGCUAAGGUCAGCCCUGCCAAUUCAGCAGAAAAUCAUGCUUCAGAAAAUGCAGAAUCAAUCCAUCGCAGGCAUGGGAUAUCAAGUCACUCAGCAGCACAGACAGGAUCAACACACUGUGGUAGGCCAGAACACAGGCCCCAGUCCAAGUCCCAACUCCUGCUCAAAUCCAAACACUGCAAGUGGCUACAUGAACUCCCAGCAGUCUCUGUUGAAUCAGCAAAUGAUAGGGAAGAAACAGACCCUGCAGAGGCCAGCCAUGGAGCCAAAGCAACAGCUUCUCCUCCAGCAGCAGAUGCUGGCUGACUCGGGGAAAACUUCCCCUCAGGAUCAGAUGAACCGACAUCUGACAAGGCCGCCCCCGGAUUACAAAGACCAAAGAAGAAAUUCAGGCAGCCUGCAGCCAGCUGCUCAGUAUUCUGGUGGCUCCUCUGCCGUGAACUUAAACUCUAACCAAGCAUUGACAAAUCCAGUCUCAACGCACACCAUUUUAACUCCAAAUUCCAGCCUCAUGUCUACAACCCACGGGAUGAGAACGCCACUGCUAUCCACAGCAGUUCAGAACAUGGGGAUGUAUGGAAACCUGCCCUGUAACCAGCCUGGCACCUACAGCGUCACCUCAGCAGUGAAUCAGCUGACCCAACAGAGAAACACAACCCAACUGAUAACAAAUCAGAACAACCCUCUGAUGCCGCGGCAGUCUGCCUUAGGGGCAAAUAACGGAAACAACGCGGCGACCUUUGGAGCUGGAUCUGUUGGCAGUUCACAACAACUAAGACCAAAUCUGGCCCACAGUUUGGCAGGCAUGCCAGCCCAGAGGUCAUCAACUGUCAUGAUCACAUCCAACACGACAGCAACAAGCUGGGCUUCUCAGGAUGUAACAGUGAAACAACAGGAAGCCCUCAAAUCCACAGGCGUGCGCUUCCCAGCGGGUACACCGGCAGCCUACACCCCAAACCAGUCAGUGCAGCCAGGGGUUGGGAGCCAGCCAUUUCCCCAGAGGGCAGUGGCGCCCCCUAGCCAAUUAACGCCAGCAGUGCAAAUGAGACCGAUGAACCACAUGAAUCAGACAUUAAAUGGGCAAACGCUGGGUCCACUCAGGGGUUUGAACCUCAGAUCUAACCAGCUGAACUCACAGAGUCUAGCUAAUAUGAAUCCGUCAGGAGCAGGAUUGAAUCAGCAGCGCACAGGCACCAACCAGCCACCAUCCCUGACGCCCAACACUUUUCCUUCAUCCAACCAAAGUACCAGGGCUUUUCAAGCAACCGACCACAGCAGCGAUUUAGCUUUUGACUUCCUCAGCCAACAGACUGACAGCAUGGGCCCUGCCCUAAACAGUGAUGCUGAUUUCAUCGAUUCUUUAUUGAAGACAGAGCCUGGCAAUGACGAUUGGAUGAAAGACAUCAACCUGGAUGAAAUCCUGGGGAGCAAUUCCUAAGGAGAACGGGAAGGCGCUUCGCCGGCUUCAAGCAGUAUUUCCCAAGGACACUGUAACGCUAACCUGCUGACAUCCGGUGGACUACAGCCAUCAAAACGGAAAGCUGGCAGUAACCACAGUGAUAGACAUUCUGGUUCAUGUGCUUGUUUUAAAAAUCUCGACCCUGGCAUUAAAACGCUGGGAUCAUUUUUCCCUGCCUGAGCAUCAGGACGUGUUAUCCAGUCUAUCCAAACACAACUGUGAUGCUGAUGUGUAGUUAGUUGUGUCAAAUGGUCUUCCCAAGUUCCUUUUCUCGGUGAAGGACGGAACUUGAGGCUUGUUGCAAUCCCAUAUCAUAGACAGGCAGAGACUGGCAUCUGCUCUAGUAGAUAAGUAUGCUUUGAUUUCUCUACUAUCUUUCUAUUUACUUUUCCUAAAACUUGCAGGAAAGAUGUUACACGGUGGUUUGGAGUAAGUAAGAGAGAAGCGGAGAACCCAGCAGCCAUCCACUGAUUAUAGCAUCUCUUUCCCAGAUGCACCCCUCACUUUUGUAAUUUUCCCAUGUGUUUUGUAUUUUGGUAGGCUGCUGUGUCUUGUGAUAAAACAGGAACGCAGGGCUUACAACUUGAAUGGGGCUUCCCUACCGAUUUUUAUAGAUAACCAAAACUUGUCCAGAUCACACUGAAAUAGCAGUGCACAACUCUGCCUGCACAAAAUUUCACGUUUAAAAAAAAAAAAAAUUGAACCUUGCCAUGUAGAAGACAAACAUGGCCACAAAUAACCCCGUGUGUUCUAGCUGUGACUGAUGCCACUGGUUUGUUCCCAAGCAUAAUGAAAUUGAGCCCUGUCCUCCUAGUUUGUAGAAAAUGAAAGUUUGGGUUAGAGUGAGGUUGGAGAGUGUCCUGUGUUGAGUGGAGAUAAGGAACAGGAGAAGGGGAAUUGAGCCUUCCGUGGACAUAGUCCUUGGCCUUGGGUGAACAGCUGAGCCCAGUGUGGUUAGUAGGUAGUACCACUCACUCUAUUCAUGAUACAGUGACCCUGGCCUGUGGUGCUUGGGCCCCUCUUACCCAGGGCUCCCCUCAGGGCUGAGUGUGUGGUAAAGCAUAGGUAACGUUGUUGUUGUUGUUGGGUCACUGAACCUCAGUGCCCACAUCUCUGUCCCAAAGUGGAGGAGGUGUGCAGGUUCCAGUUGGUUCUAAAAUACCACUACCACUGUCCUACACCCAGAGAAUCAAAAGCUACUCUCAACCUUUGAGUUGUAUGUUUACAUACCUCGCUGUCAGGUGUGACUGAAAUCAAGUCUUUUGAAGCAUGAAAGCUUCACAAAUCUGUUCAGAAAAGGAACACGGUUUCAAAGCCCCUUCUGGUCUCUGCCACCUUCCCGCCGCACCAAUCUCGCUGGCCCAGAAUCUUUCCUGCGCUGAUUUGUAAAUAUUAAUAAAUUGCUUGUUUUGUAAA